GCGCCCCUCCCCCGCUCUCGGGUGUAGGGCGGGCGGGCGCUGCGGCGGCCGCGGCUGCUGCUUCCUCGGGCCAUUUUGCUGUGGCGCGGCGGGGAGGAGGAGUCGCCGAGGAGACCCCGGGAGAGGAGCUGCGAGCCGGAGGAGGCCGCGCGGGCUCCGGGCUUUCCGCGGUCUCGGGGAUCUCGGGGGGCAAAGGGAUCGCCGGGGAAGGGGACCGGAGAGCCGCGCGGAGCGCCCCUUCGCGCCCCCUGCACCAUGAGCUGGGGCACUGAGCUCUGGGAUCAGUUUGACAACUUAGAAAAACACACACAGUGGGGAAUUGAUAUUCUUGAGAAAUAUAUCAAAUUUGUGAAAGAGAGGACAGAGAUUGAACUCAGCUAUGCAAAGCAACUCAGGAAUCUUUCAAAGAAGUACCAACCUAAAAAGAACUCGAAGGAGGAAGAAGAAUACAAGUAUACGUCAUGUAAAGCUUUCAUUUCCACCCUGAAUGAAAUGAAUGAUUAUGCCGGGCAGCAUGAGGUUAUCUCCGAGAACAUGGCGUCACAGAUCAUUGUGGACUUGGCACGCUACGUUCAGGAACUGAAACAGGAGAGGAAAUCGAACUUCCACGAUGGCCGGAAAGCACAGCAGCACAUCGAGACUUGCUGGAAGCAGCUCGAAUCUAGUAAAAGGCGAUUUGAACGUGACUGCAAAGAGGCGGACAGGGCGCAGCAGUACUUUGAGAAAAUGGAUGCUGACAUCAAUGUCACAAAAGCAGAUGUUGAAAAGGCCCGACAGCAAGCUCAAAUACGUCACCAAAUGGCAGAGGACAGCAAAGCAGAUUACUCAUCCAUUCUCCAGAAAUUCAACCAUGAGCAGCAUGAAUAUUACCAUACUCACAUCCCCAACAUCUUCCAGAAAAUACAAGAGAUGGAGGAAAGGAGGAUAGUGAGGAUUGGAGACUCCAUGAAGACGUAUGCAGAGGUUGAUCGGCAGGUGAUACCCAUCAUUGGGAAGUGCUUGGAUGGAAUAGUAAAAGCAGCCGAGUCCAUUGAUCAGAAAAAUGAUUCACAGCUGGUGAUAGAAGCUUAUAAAUCAGGGUUUGAGCCUCCUGGAGACAUUGAGUUUGAGGAUUACACUCAGCCAAUGAAGCGUACCGUGUCCGAUAACAGCCUUUCAAAUUCCAGAGGAGAAGGCAAACCAGACCUCAAAUUUGGUGGCAAAUCCAAAGGAAAGUUGUGGCCGUUCAUCAAAAAGAAUAAGCUUAUGUCCCUUUUAACAUCCCCCCAUCAGCCUCCCCCUCCCCCUCCUGCCUCUGCCUCACCCUCUGCUGUUCCCAACGGCCCCCAGUCUCCCAAGCAGCAAAAGGAACCCCUCUCCCACCGCUUCAACGAGUUCAUGACCUCCAAACCCAAAAUCCACUGCUUCAGGAGCCUAAAGCGUGGGACUCAGUCUUUCUGUUUUCACAAAGAACUCAUGAAGAGGACAAUAGGGAAACCCACGUAUGCCUUUGAGGCUAGGGACUAUGUUCUUUCUCUCAAGCUGGGCGCGACACCAGAGGAUUUCAGCAACCUCCCACCUGAACAAAGAAGGAAAAAGCUGCAGCAGAAAGUCGAUGAGUUAAAUAAAGAAAUUCAAAAGGAGAUGGAUCAAAGAGAUGCCAUAACAAAAAUGAAAGAUGUCUACCUAAAGAAUCCUCAGAUGGGAGACCCGGCCAGUUUGGAUCACAAAUUAGCAGAAGUCAGCCAAAAUAUAGAGAAACUGCGACUAGAGACCCAGAAAUUUGAGGCCUGGCUGGCUGAGGUUGAAGGCCGGCUCCCAGCACGCAGCGAGCAGACGCGCCGGCAGAGCGGACUGUACGACAGCCAGAACCCACCCACCGUCAACAGCUGUGCCCAGGACCGUGAGAGCAGCCCAGAUGGCAGUUACACAGAGGAGCAGAGUCAGGAGAGUGAGGUGAAGGUGCUGGCCACGGAUUUUGACGACGAGUUUGAUGAUGAGGAGCCCCUCCCUGCCAUAGGGACGUGCAAAGCUCUCUACACGUUUGAAGGUCAGAAUGAAGGAACAAUUUCUGUGGUUGAAGGGGAAACACUGUACGUCAUAGAGGAAGACAAAGGCGACGGCUGGACCCGCAUCCGGAGGAAUGAAGAUGAAGAGGGCUAUGUCCCCACUUCCUAUGUCGAAGUCUAUUUGGACAAAAAUGCCAAAGGUGCUAAGACUUAUAUUUAAUACCAUUAAAAAAAAAACUUAAAAAAAAUGGAGUUGUGUGUCCCCACGACUGUGACCGUUACAGGCAGUUCUUCAAAAGACAGUGCCGUGUUCCUGUAGUCUCACGGUGGACUUCAGGGCCCGGGCACCUGAAUGGCCUUGUCUCGUUUGGGCUAUGAUCAAGUUUCACUUGCUGAUGAAAAUUAUGUGGAAAGCUGCCAACUGCCAAUUUACAGCCGUGUCAUUCGAAAUCUGAUAAACAUUUCUUCUUUUGGCUGCAUCUGUAGAUAAAAAUAAGUUGCACUGUAGCUUCUAAUUAAUCUUUCUGAAUUUAAAAGCCGGCACAUCCUGGAGGUGCAAGAGACUUCCCUUCUCUUGUUUGUAUCUAGUAUCCACCAUACAUUGAGCACAUGAGGUUACACAUUGUAACUGAACAAACUGAACUGUGCUAGUUUGUUGAAUGGUAUACUCAUUCACUUGGGAGGAAGUCACAGGUAAAGACCAUCUCCUUGACUAAAGCAGUCAAAAGAGUCUUAGCUUGGCAUCCAAAGUGUGUAUUUUUACUUAAACAUGGCCAGCACCCUUGGUGUAGGAUAUCACGAGUAGCCUGCAAGGUCUGUAUGAUCCCAGACGACCAACUGAAAGCUGGAAAAGUUGGCUGAAUUGACCAGUUGAUUUUUACAUGGGAUUACAGAUUUUCCAAAUCUCAUCAAUUGGCAGGUUUUGUGGUGUGUGUUUGUGUUUUUGUUGUUGUUUUGAGACAGACUCUGGCUCUGUUGCCCAGGCUGGAGUGCAGUGGCUCGGUCUCGGCUCACUGCAACCUCCGCCUACCAGGUUCAAGCGAUUCUCCUGCCUCAGCCUCCGGAGUAGCUGGGAUUAAAUGCGUCUGCACCACAUCCUGCAGAUUGUUGUAUUUUUAGUAGAGACAGGGUUUCACUGUGUUGGCCACGCUGGUCUCAAACUCCUGACCUCAGGUGAUCCGCCUGCUUCUGACUCCCAAAGGGAUUACAGGCUCGAGCCAUUGUGCCUGGUCCAAAUUGACAGUUGAUCAGAUGUGCUAGUGCUGUUUAGAUGCAGUGGUUAAAAGCAGGGUGUAUCCACGCAUCAGCUCCUUUUGGCUGUGAUUUUCUCUCACCCUUGGUUCUGUUUCUGUUGCGCUCACGCUUGCCCAGGUGGGGCUAUAAAUAGAACAUGGUGUGGCAGCAAGUGCUCCACCCACAGACACAGGUCUCCGCACGUUGCUGUUCAGAGUUUGGGGUUUGCUUUUGGCUUUUUUGUUUUCAAUCAUUGGCAAAGUUUGGAUUUACUGGAAAUUAUUUUAGAAUGUCUGGCUCAUUUUACACAAUUAACUAUAGCCAGAAAGAAAUAAAAUGUCUCACCACAUCGAAAGGAAUCUAGGCCACAUGAGAAUUUGCAUUUUUAAAUUGGCACUGCCGUGGGAGGGUAGAUAGUGAAAUUGGUCACACGCCUAGAUGGUUGCCAGGCAUCUCCCUGUGCCCAUUUUGAGAGUCUACCCCGAGAUCAUAGAGAACCUACUGCAAAUGGGUCAGAAUGAAGGGGUCAGGUUCAGAUUCUCUUUUGAAAAUUAUUUCCUUGUGUCCCUCCUACUUUCAAGUAGGAAAUUAGCCCCUGCCUCUACAUUGUGGGUUCAUUUGAUCAGCUCACGUCCAUUUAAAGCUGCUUUUCCAAGCAGUAGCCGCACAUUUGCUUGUGACUCUGUUUCAAGAUUCUCACAGCCAGUUAACCUUUACUUAGUGCCAGCCUGAUUUUUUUAAAAACAUACUUUUUAUUUUGAAAUAGUAACAAGAUUCUCGAGAAGUUGCCAAGAUAGGACAGAGAGGCCCCGGCACCCUUCACCCACCAUCCCCCAGUGGCUUCUUCUUACACAAUUAUACAGCAUACUAUCAGCCUGAGUAGUAAAAUAAAUAUAUAUUAACUUUGUAAUUCAAAUUUCUUUUUUUUUUUUUGAGACAGAGUCCUACUCUGUCACCUAAGCUGGAGGGCAGUGACGUGAUCCUGGCUCACUACAACCUCCGCCUACCAGGUUCAAGUAAUUCUUGCCUCAGCCUCCCAAAUAGCUGGGAUUACAGGUGCCCACCACCACACCCGGCUAAUUUUUUUUUUUUUUUUUUUCAGUAGAGACAGGUUUUCACCAUGUUGGCCAAGCUGAUCUCAAACUCCUGGGCUCAAGUGAUCCUCCUGCCUCAGCCUCCCAAAGUGCUGGGACUACAGGGGGAGCCACCAUGCCAAGCCCACAUUUCUUUUGGAUACUUUUGCUGACAUAGUAUCAAUAAAGCCACCCAUCUGGCGCCGGGCCUCAUUAGGAAAACUGUUUCAGUUCUCCUUUGUAAGGAUUGCAGCAAGAAAAUAAGCUGACUCUUCAACCACAGGGAUCUGUUUAAAUGAGCAGUAGGAAGUUUCCAGCUUCACCCAAGUAAUCGAGUAAAUGGGAAACUUCUAAGUUAUUAAAAUCUGACCUUUCUAUCCAAUGACAAACUCAUUUCCAAUCUGUUAACUCCUGGACAAAGCAAACUAAAACACUGAAAAAACAAAAAUAGGGCAAGACAACAUUAACUUUGUAAAAGCCUGCUUUGCAAAAAGGCAUUCUGUCAAGCUGUGUAUUUUCUUAAUUAUUCAAAUUUAGUUAUUCAAAUUUAAUUCAGAAACUAGCUGAGUUGGUUUCAGGGGGAAUGGGGUGGGAGGGGUUUGGGCACAUAUAUUUAUGAUGAUAAUUUUAAAUUUAUGAUCAUUACAUUGUAUGCCUCAGUACUCUAACAGGUGAAUCUGUAAUAUUGACUAAACAGUUGAAGAUAUUUCGUAAAUUUCAGGUCCAUCUCAUCAAUGCGUGAAAUAAUAGAAAACAAUACCCAUAGAAUUGAGAAUCUCCAUUUCCACCCAAAGUAUACUUUAUCUUUUGCUAGUAGUUAAAUAAAAGACUGUUAAAAGAAGCAAAAUCUCAGCUACUUAUACAGUUUUCUCCUUUUAUUUGAAAGUUACACUUAGAGAUUAAUAUGUACAGAGAAGCCUUUUCUCCCUACUCUGUUUAUAAGUCCGUCCAACCUCCCCACAAACACUGCCCUCCUUAAACCCAUCUGAUGUGAGCAAAGCCACGUGUUAUGAGGCCCAUAACUCAGUACAGCUGUUUUAAUAAUGCCAGUGCACCUUUUGUGUGUGUGUGUGUGUGUGUGUUCCUACAAUGUGCUUAUUUAAUAAUUGCCAAAAUAUUUAGACUAGAGUGACUUCUGAUGGGACAACUGCAUUGUGACUUUCUUUUGUGUUUUUUUUAAAUUGCUGUCUGUUAAAUAUUUCCAUAAUUCCCCCCACGGAAGACGUGUAUAUACUGCAACUUAAAAACUAAAAGGAGUACUUGAAUGCGUUGUUUUAAUGUUGUACUUUUAUCUGUUUGUUUUAUGGGUGUCCUGCUGCCUCAUGACCUUUCUGUUUUUAUAAUUGCCGGAAAGCCGCGAGGCCUCUCGCAUGGGGAGCUAGCCCCCGCUGCGGCUCCGCACUUGAGUUUAUUAUAAACUCUGGGGUUCUGAGUAAGUUUCCUUUGAAUACAGCGACAUGAUUGUCUCUUUCUAUUCUUAUCCUAAAAGAAAGACUCUGUCUGGCAUCGUUUAGUUGUACCCUCGUAUCUGCCUCUCUAAUAAAUGUUAUAUUUUUUCUCA